AUGGUACUUUUCGAGAGUUUUGUUUGGCCCCUGACCACGUAUUUAUUCGAGUGUUUCUCCUCAAAAAAAAACUCUUCGACAAGUUCUGUGAAAUCCCCUAUUGAACAAUCAAGGACGACACAUAUCAAACGAUUUAUCAACAUGAGCUCUCUCCAAUGCCAUCUUGACAUUACCAAUGAGCCUGGCUCAGAAGAUGAGACAGGCGAAUCUGUCACUUCCGAAGGCCAGGUUGAGCAGGAAGCCACUCAUUUGCGACCCUGGAAUGGCUUCUGGCCACGCCCUCUUACCGUUCUGAAGCCGGGCGGCAUCAUCCCGAUUCAGGGCAACUAA